GAUUAUUUUCUUUACCUCAAAAUUAAUUAAAAUAUUUGGUGUUUUUACUAUUGACUUACUACGAAAUAAAAUUCGACGGAGACUGCAGUUAAAGUUUAUCUUAUCAAAAUUUACGUAAAAAAAAAAAAAAAACAAUGUGCGACGCAGGUUACAUUUUGUUUAAGUCGACUCUGCUACGCCUGCUAAUUUAGAACAAUUUCGCAAAUUUAUUACUGAGAUAUCGAUUAUGAAUGAAUUUAUUUGUGAGAAAAAAUAUAUUUUUAUAAAAAAUAUAUUUAUAUAUAUUUUUGGAAACGUAUCCACAGAGUAUUGCAAUGUAACGAAAAUGGACGUUUCGAGAAUUGAAAAUAUUUUUUGUUAUUUAUCUCCUAAUGAACGCAGAAUUAUACAUUCUGGACGAUUACGGUUCUGUAAAGCAAAAUAGCUGGUAGUUUUUCAAUAGCUGUUUAUCUACUGAUUAGAAAUUAUAAUUCUGACUAGGAGGUUAGCUUAAAACCAUUGUCGAUCAGACUCAUUUUCAAAUUCUUUCGCAAAUUUGUAGGUGAUAUCUUUAUUUUUGCAAACGGGUGAAUGUUUACCACAGAUACUACAAAGUCGCACAGAUAGAGAGAGGAACGAACGAACAACAGGACACGCCUAGGUCUUUUUCGAUUUUGAAACUCGCCAAGAAUUUACAUUCUUGAUGUUUCUCCGCAUUAUGAAGGUAUUGGAAAAAAAUUAUACUAAGUAAGACACACUAGAAUAUUGGGUCAACCUUUCCCCAUUUUGUACUGGUACUGCAGUAUCGCCCAUUGAAUACACUUUCCGAGUUUUUGUAGAUUAAUGGGCUUUAUUUUAUAAAUAAGAAGCGAAAAGCCAAUUUUUUAUUUCUUUUAUAAGGCAGAGAGCUAUUCUCAAUUUAUCUGGUACUGUAAGCGUGUGCUUCCCAUUUCGAAAUCAACCUGCGUGCUAGAACUUAGAACGUUUCUGCUCAACUUGAAGUCGAUAGAUUCAUUUUUGGAGAAUGUUUAUAACAGAAAUUAAGCGGACGGACAGACGGACAUGCCUAAAUCGAUUCGGAUUUUGAUGGUGCUAUAAGUUGUCGGGUCUCUGAAACUUUCUUCUGGGCGUUGCCAACGUUUUGGCAAAACUAAUAUACGCCUCAAGCUUUGGCGAUAGUUCUAUUUUGAAGUUUUAAUUAUAAAGCAAUGACACAGCACACACUUGAAAUUAAAAAUAAUCUGAUUACUAAUGAGACGAACGUAAAGCCGACGUAUGCUUUGGAACAUUUAGCCACAUUUAAACUAAGAAAUGAAGAGGAAAUACGCCGACCAAAAAAGAAACUAAAGAGUCUUUUUGAGUUGGAUAAAAGUGGAGGAAUAUGGCCGUUGAAAAUGUAUAUGUGUUUUAAUGGCCAAUGGCUGGUAAUGUUGGAUCACGAUUUGAAAGAAAUUGAAAACUUCCCCGGUUCUCUUAUCACUGAGCCAGUGGCGUUCAUUAGCAAAGAUACGAAGGAAGCAUAUGAUAACAUAUUGGUAUUUACGGUGCCCGGCGUUACCUUAGCUAACACAGAGAUGCAUUUUUUUCAGGUAAGCGAUGUAUCAGCUGUACAUUUAGUUGAGGAUUUGAAAACAUUAAGCAAUGGCGAACUGGUAACGGUUGAUCGCAACGAGAGCCAUAUUGCUUUGCCUAAAAAUGGAAAAUCAACACAAACAGCUAAAGAUCAACAUGAUAUCGCUCUAAAAGCUGCAGAAAUCGCUGCAGAGAAUAACAUGAAUGAACAGGAACAAAUCGCCAAAGACAUACAAGUCGUAAAUCAUUGCUUUGAGGAUAUCGAAUGUUUCGUUACGCGUUUGCAAUAUGCCGCCGAAGCAUUAAAAGAAUUAGAUUUAAGAAAAUAUGAACACAACUCCAACGGCGAAGGUUUGCUAGUGACUCGUUCUCGUCCACCAACGGAGAGUGAGUUUCAAGAUAUUUUGGCAAAACACAAGUUGGCCUUAAACUACAUUCAGAAAUUACAAAAUCAUUUCCAAAAUUAUAUUGAUCCCAUACAUAACUCAUUCGUUUCGUUGCAAACUAUUGUGAAAGUGUGUAACGAUGUCUACUACGAAGCAAAAAUACCAAAGCAUGUAGUAGAUCCCCUAUUAAAGCGAGAGACUAUAGUAUUUCUUGAAUCAUGUCUUGACGAGAAUGAAAUCGAGUUUUGGCAUUCUCUUGGAUCAAAUUGGACAAUUCCCAAAGAUCAAUUCAAAAAUCACAAGGGGCGAUUUCAACCCAUCUUCUAUGACGAAUGGUCGCCAGAUUGGGUUGUAGAUGAACCAGUGCCUUAUUUACCUCCAGUCAAUAUUAAAAAUAGAAAAGAUUCUAGAUCAGCAUCGCCGUCACCCUUACUUAUGCCUGGCAAGAAUAAUAUUUGGUUGGAGCGCUUGAAAAGUCGAAAUGUCAAAAUUGCCGAAGUUCUUUACAACAAAACAGCCAAUAAUCACAAAGAAUUAGAUGUCACCGUUGGCGAGUAUCUAGAGGUUAUCGACGAUUCACGUAAAUGGUGGAAAGUUCGGAAUUCGAUCGGUAAUCUUGGGUACGUUCCAUAUACUAUACUUAUGCCAUAUAAUUUUGACAUGCAAUCUGAUUACACCGGAAGAGAGACAGAUUCGCCAGUUUCUUCUAUGUUUGAUAACGACAUGAAAGAUCAAAAAACGAAACGGCCUGUUCACGCUCUAACGUUGCCAAUAGAACAUCAGCCAGAAUCCCAGACGACUGUACAUAAAAGCUCAAUGCCUCGUUCGAUAAGUAUGCCCGCAGUACCUGUUCCACCGCCAAUGCCACCUCCUUCUGCUAACAACACUCCAAGCGGAACAAUGAAGCGCAGCGCUGUGCUUGCCCGUAAUAACCCUGAUAGUGAGAAUGAAGCUUUACUUCUUCAAAAUACUAUAAAUGAUGAAUUGAAAUUUACGCUUUUGCAACGCGAGCGUCGCAAGGAUUUAGAAAUUUUGAUAACUCCACACAUCUAUAUUCACCAAACUUCUAACCCUGAGGAAGUUGAAGAAUGGCUGCGAGCGAAAGGUUUCUCGGAUGCAAUUGUGAAUAAGCUACGCAGUCUUAAUGGACGCGAAUUGUUCGCCCUAUCACCUCAUACUCUUGAAAAUUAUUUCGGUCAUAAUGAAAGCCGUCGGUUAAUAUCACAAAUUGUUUUACAAAAAAAUAUAUCUGAGUAUAAAACUCUGCGCUCCUCUGAAUUAUCAGCAAAAUUAGCUAAAGCCAGGCAGAAGAUUGAAGAAAAGGACUACAAUCCAAAUGAAGUAUUUUGAAAAAAAAAGAAAAGA